AUUAUCAUAGAUGACAGCCGAUAGAACCGAGUGUUCGAUUACUCUGGUAGUGAAUUGGAUUUCCUUUCGUCCUGCAACAAGAGGUGUACGGAAGUAGCAUGGGAUUUUAUUACCAAGCAACAGAGUCCAGCGCAUACCGGCGAAUUGGUAAAAACGGAAACAGUUAGUAAAUUCUACCAUCGACUUUAACCACAUUUAGAAAACAAAUGCCAAAUAAGCCUUCGCCCAGACUCUGUAUUACGCUGUCGUUGUAGUUAUACUGUGAGAAGUUAUUUUCUGCAUGAAAGAGAAUCUAAACGAGCAGCUUGAUCUGUCAUGAAUAAAUUCAAAGAUCCCCCGUUAGCUGCGACAGAAAUGCACGCGAACAAUCACCAAAAUCACGACUCUCACUGUGGAACCGAUGUGGCCCGUGCACGCUGGGCUCUUCUGCGACAGGUGCUGAAACAGAAGCAGCUGGACAGUGCAGAUGUUCAGCAGGUGUCUGUGCGAAGAUUCUCCUCCUUUAACCUGUUCUCCAGGAGCAGGGUCUCUUCCACAGAGACGGAGGAGCAGUGGGUGGAGUACAGAAGUGCAAUCUUUCCUCAGUACAGUGCCUUACUCAGAGACAAUCUUGGUCCUAUCAGAGUGAAUGAGGUGCUCAGCAGCUUUGACAACACGGGAAAUGUCUGUGUCUGGCCUUCUGAAGAGGUGAUGGCCUACUAUUGCCUGAAGAAACGUCACAUGUUUACGGGCUCGGCGGUGUGUGAGCUGGGUGGAGGGAUGACGUGUCUUGCGGGGCUCAUGAUUGCAGUUUGUGCUGAUGUGAAGGAAGUGCUGCUAUCUGAUGGCAACGAGAAGGCAAUUCAAAAUGUGCGCAGUGUAAUCGAGAGGAACAGACGAGAAGGGCUCUUCCUGUCUACCAAUGUGUCCAGCAGGGUGGUGAGAUGGGACAAUGAGGCCGAUGUGUCUGCUCUGGAAGGUCGCUUUGACGUGGUGAUGUGCGCUGACUGUCUGUUUCUUGACCAGUACAGAAGCAGUCUGGUUGAUGCACUAAGAAGAUUACUGCGACCUGAUGGCACGGCUCUAGUGUUUGCCCCUAGCAGAGGAGACACGCUGGCAGAAUUCUGCAGACUGGCAGAAAGCGCAGGCCUGAGAGUGUGUCGCUAUGAUAACUAUGACUCACACCUGUGGGACCUUCACCUGAAGAUGCAGAGAGACAGAGAGAGAGAGUCGAGAUACUCUGAAACAAAAGCUUGGGGAAAAAAUGAGUUUUUCAACCUUGAGAGAGCAGCGCCAAGGCUCACUGAUACCCAGAAUAAUCACAUUCAGCCUCAAAUCCCUGUAGCUGGCACAGGUAGAGCUCAUUUAAGACCGUCCACUGGCUACUCUGAAAAGGAGGUGUGCGGAAAAGUGUUCUCCACCAUCCUCCCUCGGAGCGUGGACUCUUUCAGCCCACAAAAACACCCCAAAGGGUCAAAUGGAGCAGCCCCUCCAAUGUCCCUUCCCUCUGUGAAAGUGUGCACUCGUGGAAGCAAGAAACCAGCAUCGCUGUUCUCCAUUAAGCUGGUCCACCACCGGCACUCGAAACGAAGCCUCGUCUCCACCUUAAGAGAAUGCCUAAUCAAGCAGCCUGGGCUCCAUUUGCAAGCUGUCAGUCAAGCAGCUUUGCUAUCUUCCCACCACGGCUUCCUCCUCUAA